UAGAUUUCGCGGCUGUGUUCCUUGAGAGACCCUUGCUAAGAGCGUAAAAGAUCCAAAGGACUUUGGGAGCGUUUUAAGCCUCGCAAUGGCUAACGAUGAACUGCUCGCUAUGAUUUCGGGGCCCGCCUUGUCUCUCCUGCUUUACGAGAACAGGAGGAGCCAUGAUCAGAUUGGAUUUCUAUAUGGAGAAAUUGUCGAACAUAUUAAUAAAAUUGUUACAGAUUCUGAUAGAAAUAUCGAGUAUGUUAAGCGUCACAUAAAUAUAAAAAGUGUGGAGGCUUACCCUAUAAGCAAGCCUUUUUACAACUCCAUUGGAAAACUUGAUGAAGAAAUUUUAAAGAAUUUUUUAAAAGAUAAUAUUAAACAAGUUGUGGGAUGGUUUCAUUAUCGAGAAAAUUUGCCUAUAAGAGCAUCGAUUAGAGAUAAAAUUUUACAUUGCCAGUUAUCAGCUUUUUUCUCAAAGAUAAAUAACAUACAAAGAAAAGACAAUUUUAUAUUAUGUCUUAUGAACUCUUCGGUAUCUGCAGGAGGCGGUACAUAUAAGUUUAAGCAUCAUCUCUUUCGAUAUGAAAAAAUUUCAAGUACAAAGUAUAAGAUAUUACCAGUGCCGUUGAAGGUAAAUAAUCUAGGAGCCGAUGCCACAAAAGUGGAUGGGUAUAAUUACAAGCCCACGCUACAUUCGUCACAUAAAUCAGAUGCUUUCGAUUCAAUAUACGCAUCGGUGAAGGAUAAUUUGAUAAAUGAAACGAGCGUGGAUUCCGUGCAAAUAAUACAAAAGGCUGCUGAAAAUCAUUUGGCUAAAUUGAUUGUUGAAGCCAAUAAAUCUGAUCAACUGAUAUCGGAUCUCCAAUUAGAACUUAAUGAACUUCGACAAAAGCAGUUUAUUGAAAAUUGUAAAUCGGAAAGCUUAAGACGUAAAAAUGAAAAGGGUGAAAGCAAAUUGGACAACGACUUAAAGCUGGAUUCUGACGAGUCAAAGAAAUCAUUGGGCUUACCAAAUGUUUGUCGUUUACAUGAGAGUAACACGGAGGCGAGUAGCAGUGAAAAAAUUUCAUCUCAAUCGACGCAACAGAGUAACAUUACCAAUAGCAUUCGUUGCGAGUGUCCCGACAAAUAUAACUCGACCACGGUCUCUGCGUCCUUCACAGACGUUGAACAACUCGAAGUAAUAACCGAAUCAACAAUAGUGUCAAAUGGCCGAAAAAUCGACAGUCGAUUGCCCGACCACAAGGAUCCCGAACUUUAACAAAUAAAUACAGAGAUUCUCCGUAAAGUCGAGCUCCUGUUGCCGAAGUUGACGAACCAGAGCGAUUCGCUAUUAU